AUGCUACCGGAAGCAGGCCAGGUGGAGCUCAGGAGAUGGCGUGGGAGGGCUGGUCGCGGCACGGCGCGGCGCAGGAGGCGGGCGGUCGCCGUUCGGGCCGAAGCUGCUUCCCGAGGGCGCGCCGGUGCCGGUGUGCGCCGAGUGCGCGCGGCGGGUCGGGCGCGACGGCGCAUCGGCGGCGAUGCACCUCCACCGGCGGCUCGGCUGCGAGCACGUCUACCCGGACGAGCUCAAGGCCUGACGCCGGUCGAGGAGAAGCUGAUCGCGCUCAACUCAUGCUACGGCUUCGUGACGAAGGACAGCAUCCCCGGCGGCAAGAGGCAGGGCGUGAGGCACCCGAGGCACGUCAAGGGCCACAUCACGGAGUUCCCAAACGACGUCCAGGGGCUUGCGACCAACGGGCUCCCGCACCCGCUGCUCCGGGUCAUGGACGAGAUCCACGUCUCGUGGCAGGGCGCCGAGAGGCCCGGGCCGCGGGACUUGUCCGGCCUGCUGUCUGUACGGCGGCGGCCGGUGGAAAGGGCGUUGGCGUGGCUUAAGGAGAAUAACCCGCACUAUAGCGAGGUCGAGGUCGACACGGCCGAGAUGGACAGCUGGGGGGAGCCGGCGCACGGGGUGCCGGCGGCGGUGUGGGAGCGGCUCGAGCACAACGAGCCGUCGGCGCGCGAGAGGACGCAGACGGCGCAGCUGGUGCCGCCGACGGAGCGGGCCAUGGACGACGAGGGCGUCGUCGAGAUCGAGGAGGUGCUUGCGAUGCUAAGGCAGGGCCGGGACCCCGCCGAGGGCCGGCCCGACCCCGGGCCUACGUACGAGGGGGCGGGUAACGGCGAGGAUCUAGAGGGCGCUAGGCCCGAAGAGGAGGGGGACAUAAUUAACGAGGUAACGUCGUCCGGCAUGUUCGACGGGGCGCCCGAGGUGGCGGACGCCGAUAAGAUCCGCUUCGCCCGCGAGGCUAUCGGGACCAUAGGCCCGAGGACAUGGGUCAACAUGGCGGCGGGAGGGGCGGCGGGAGGGGCGGCGAGGAGCAGCGGCCGUGGCGGCGACAGCGAGCCCUACAUACAGGUGCGGCGCGGAGACGAAUUUGCCGACUCGGCAGACGCGUCCUUCUUCGCCAGGGCCUUCCCGACCCUGUUGCCCUUUGGGCUAGGCGGGCCGAGGCUCGCCGACGAGGCCGCCGCGGGCGAGGGCGCGGCCGCGGCCGCCGGCCGGCGGGGCGACGACAGCGCGACGCCGGUGCCGGCCGUCUUCGUCUUCGUGCCCGGCAUGCCGGUCGUCGUGAACCAGAACACGCACCAGGGGCUGAAGGUGGUGAACGGGGCCGGCUACACGGCGGUGGCCGUGAUCCCCGACCGGGCCUUCCCGGCCACCGGGUGGAUGCCGGCCGGGACGAUCCUGCUGACGCCCAUCAGCGUGAAGAUCACGGCGCAGCGGAAGCGGCCGUGGCAGCGCAACGACGUGAGCCGGCGGGGCCUGCCGUGCGCGGCGGCCUUCGCCUGCACCGACUACAAGGUGCAGGGCGGGACGAUCGAGCGCGUCGCGCUCGAGCUGCGGGGGGCGAGGACGACGACGGUCGAGGGCAGGGCGGUGGCGUCGCCGUGCGACCCGUACAGCCUCUACGUGCAGCUCGCGGUGCCCGACGCUCGACGGCAUCACGCUCGUGUCGGAGGUGCGGGAGCGGGACUUCAUAGGGAACCGGGUGCCGAAGGAGAUGACAGCGGCGCAGGCACGGCUGGAGGAGCUAAGCGGGCUGACGACGCGAGAGGCGGCCGGCCUACCCGCGGGUGA